CCCACUGUCCCGGCGGCUCCGCGCGCGCAGAGGCGGCGGCUACCCGCGUGGCCUUCUCCAUCCAGGCGUUUGAUUCUCGCUCCCUUCCUUCUCCUCUCCCGAAGGCGAGGAUGGCAGGGCCGGGCGAGAACCUGGCGCACCGGUGGCCCUAGCUCUGCUCCCCCCCACCCCUCCUGCGGGGAGAGGAAGCGGGCUGCUCGCGGACGAUGUGGUCAGGGCUGCUCCCCAGAGCGUCUUCUGCCCGGGUCCCAGCUGCCGUCCCUCUUCUUCGCUCGCUCCGACCCAGCGAGAGGAGCUGAUGCCGCUGUCGCCGCCGCCGCCGCCUCCGAAGCCGCGGCCGAUGGAUGCCAGGGAGGGCCGCCUUGCUUAGCGUCCCCGCCUCCGGGUUUGCUGACGCGCUCUCCCCCGCCCUGAGCUCCGCGCUGAAGAGCCGCCUUAUUAUUAAUCAGAAUUUCCAUCGUUAUCCCUGGCAGGAGCAUCCUUCAGUAGGGACCGCAGAAGCAUGACAGUGCUGGGGCUGAGAUGUGCGUGGGGGCUUUUUCUGUUACAUCUCGGAAGAGAAGAGGACAGCACCAAGAUCAGCACCCCCCGUGCGGGGUGCAAUUAGGGGUGUUUUGUUAGGAGAGAGAAAGGACAAGAAGAGGAGUGCUGGGCCGCCAGAGGUCCACAUCUCUUUGAAGGAAAGGGACAAGGGAACUAAAGUGGGACGUUGUUUUUAGGGGGUGGGCAAAGAAGUUUAUAUCCUUCAGAGAAAAGGUGUGGGGAAGCAGGAGCAACAGGGUACUUGAUUGGACACCAAGACAAAUCGUUUCCCGUAAAGAAGAGGAAGCAGGCAGCAGCGAGGUCUGGAGGCCGGCGUGUGGUAGUGACCAGGGCCAGCGGUGCGGUGGGACAGCCAGCAAGAGAAAGGCAGGGCUCAGGAACAAGAACAAUGACUCAUUUACAGGCUGGUCUCUCUCCUGAGACCCUGGAGAAAGCCCGCCUGGAGCUCAAUGAGAACCCAGACACACUGCACCAGGACAUCCAGGAGGUGAGGGAUAUGGUCAUCACCAGGCCGGACAUUGGCUUUCUCCGCACAGAUGAUGCCUUCAUCUUACGCUUCUUGCGGGCCAGGAAGUUUCAUCACUUCGAGGCUUUCCGCCUCCUGGCCCAGUACUUUGAGUACCGGCAGCAGAACCUGGACAUGUUCAAAAGCUUCAAGGCCACGGAUCCUGGCAUCAAGCAGGCCCUGAAGGAUGGCUUCCCUGGGGGCCUAGCCAAUCUGGACCACUAUGGCAGGAAGAUUCUAGUCCUUUUCGCUGCCAACUGGGAUCAGAGCAGGUACACACUGGUGGAUAUUUUGCGUGCCAUCUUACUUUCUUUAGAAGCCAUGAUUGAAGAUCCUGAGCUUCAAGUGAAUGGAUUUGUUUUGAUCAUAGACUGGAGUAACUUCACCUUCAAGCAAGCCUCUAAACUUACACCAAGCAUGCUGCGCUUGGCUAUCGAAGGCCUUCAGGAUAGUUUCCCAGCACGAUUUGGAGGAAUUCAUUUUGUCAACCAACCAUGGUAUAUCCAUGCCCUGUAUACCGUGAUCCGGCCUUUCCUGAAGGAGAAGACUCGGAAAAGGAUAUUUUUGCAUGGUAACAACCUGAACAGUCUACACCAACUGAUUCAUCCUGAGAUUUUGCCCUCUGAGUUUGGAGGAAUGCUCCCCCCUUAUGAUAUGGGAACCUGGGCAAGAACACUGCUAGACCACGAGUAUGAUGACGACAGUGAAUAUGGUGUGGACUCCUACAGCUUGCCUGUGAAGGAGGUAGAGAAGGAACUCUCCCCCAAAUCCAUGAAGAGAUCCCAGUCAGUUGUGGACCCUACAGUGCUAAAACGCAUGGAUAAAAACGAGGAAGAAAACAUGCAACCUUUGCUCUCUCUGGACUGA